GAGACGAUAAGAUAUGAUAAUUUGGCCGCGUUCGAAAGCGAUGUACGCGCGAUUAUGCAUGCAUUUAGCACUACUCUUGCAUGAAUCAGGGGUGUCGAAAGUAAAAGCGAGACACGCUAUGAAAUUACAAUACGAUUUUCAUUCAGAAAUUCAAUGUAUCCGGCACUUUUAACUACUUUUUUUAUUGCUGUUUUAAUCACAGCCCUGUUACAUAUAGCUAACAAUCGCAAUCUUAUCGCGAUGGAUACCCUGUCUUCGCUAACUUUUCUGCUAUAUUCAUGUAUAUAGACGGGACGGAAUGACCGUGUUAGCGAGUAUCGGCUAAAUGUGGUUCGUAUACGCACGAAUCUUUAUUUAAGAAAAAUGUGAUAUGCCUAUCUAAUCGCGGUGGCACAUGAAUACAUGUAGCUGUAACAUACCUAUAAAUGUCCUCUAACGGUGAUUGAUUUCACGGAUAACAAUGAUCCGCGACGUAUCAGCGUCGGGUAUUAUGGAAGGGAAAAUCUGAAAUAACGGGCAAGUAGUCUCGGUGUCGAUUAACAAACAUAGACACACGACGAAAGGUGAACAUUGUCACUCCGUUCGAGUGUCGCAUUUAUUAACUUAAUUUUGCAUACGAUAUCGUUGCCGCGGCGGUGACGUUCUUUGUAAUUGUCGCGGUCAACGCGAUUAACAUCUCUUACCGAAGAAGCGCUCGAGAAUUUUCAUUGACCGAGAUCUCGCCACACAAUAUACGUGGCCAAUGAAGCAGUAUACGCUGUUAGCUCGUCGUCUCUGAUUUAACUUUGAUUCGAAGCACUGAUUCUUUUACAAAGUGCCUUUUGUAAACACAGACAAUGAGAGAGGGAGUGAGAUUGCGUCAACAUGUCUCUAAAAGAUCUUCUGGUGAUGUACUUUAUGAGGACAAAGUUUCGUCGAAGAAGAGAGAAGUAUUGCCAAACGAGACCCAGCAUUUGCUUUUUCUUUUCAAAUUCUACCUUGUCCUGUCCGUUAUCAUAAUCAUGUUCGAGAAGAAACUACCGGAGCCGUUGACGAUCAAUAAACAGGGACUGUAUCCCGGGAGGUUCAUAGCAGAAAGGGCACACAAUCACCUUCUGAAUAUAACUUCUAUCGGGCCACGAAUAGUUGGGAGCUACGAGAACGAAGUGCUGGCGAUUAAAUAUUUAACUAACAUCAUUAACGAUAUAGUUAAAGAUGGCAAUGAGAAUCAUAAAAUUCUAGUCAAUGUAACCAAGCAUAGCGGGGCUUUCCCUCUAAAAUUUUUAGAUGGAAUGACGAACGUAUAUAGAAGUGUUCAAAAUGUCAUUGUUAAAAUUGGUCCUCACAGACCGGUACAGAGCAGCUUGUUAAUAAAUUGUCAUUUUGAUACAUUCCCAGAGAGUCCUGGUGGAUCUGACGAUGGGGCUGGUUGUGCUGUGAUGUUAGAAGUUUUACGCGUGAUCGCUCAUAGUCCAAAGUUGUUAAAGCAUAACAUUAUAUUUUUAUUUAACGGUGCUGAAGAAAAUUUAUUACAGGCUUCUCAUGGAUUUAUAACGCAACACCCUUGGGCCAAGGAAGUACGUGCUUUUAUAAAUCUAGAGGCUUGUGGCGCAGGCGGUCGUGAAUUAUUGUUCCAGGCUGGACCUGAUAGCUCUUGGAUGCUUCAGAUAUACGCUACGUCUGUCCCUUAUCCUUACGCGUCGUCUCUGGCUCAAGAGAUAUUUGAAAGUGGUAUUGUCCCUGGCGACACCGAUUUCCGAAUAUUUCGAGACUUCGGAAAUGUUUCUGUAGGUCUCGACUUUGCUUGGGCAACGAACGGUUACGUGUACCACACGAAAUUUGAUAACAUCCAACAAAUACCAUUGGGUUCUUUACAAAGAACCGGAGAUAACAUUCUCGCCUUGACGCAAGGAGUAGUGUUAGAUAAUCACUUAUCUGAGAUGUUUAGCGAAGAUCACACAGGGAAACCUGUGUUCUUCGAUUUCCUAGGCAUGUACGUUAUCAGAUGGCCGCAAUACAUGGCGAGCACAAUUAAUAUUCUUAGCAUAAUCGCCGGUGUAUAUUCGAUCUAUCUGAACACACAGAAUGCUCGACGCGACGUGAAGAAACAAGUAUACUUAAAACAUUUGCUAUUAUGCACCGGAGCAAUAGUCGUUUCGUGGCUGCUGUCUAUACUUUCUUGUACGCUGAUCGCAUUGAUUCUAACUAAACUUGGGAAGGUGAUGAGUUGGUACGCGAGACCGGCAUGGUUGUUUUUCUUAUACGUGGUCCCAACUAUUUUCGUCUCGAUGACAUUUUUCUUAUACGUCGGAUCGCGUCAAAGGAAGGAAGUUCAGUCUGCAUGGAUCUUGUAUCAGAUAUACUGUGAUUCAUAUUCCAUGAUAUGGAUGUCUGUCCUUUGUUGCUCGGUCGUAUUUGAGUUACGAUCCGGCUUCAUACCGUUACACUGGGUCGUGUUCCCUACUCUCGGGAACAUACUCCGAUAUAAUUUUUUUAAUAAAUGCAGAGAUUGGAAGUGGCUGUUGUACUAUGUAAUGUCGAUGCUUUUACCGUACAUACAAUCGUUCUAUUUGGUGAUCGGAGCUCUUUAUCUUUUUAUUCCCAUAAUGGGACGAUCCGGCAGCAGUAUAAACUCGGAAGUUGUCAUGGCUAAUAUGAUAUGCAUACUAUUCUCCCUGCUCCUUAGUUUCACGUUACCGUUUGUACUUUUAAUAAAAAACGCGGAGAGAUUCCUGAGCGUGUUGGUAGGGAUAUUUCUAAUAACGUUAAGCGUACUAAUUUUGACUCCGCUCGGGUUUCCCUACAGUGGCGAUCCAUCCUCGUUGGCGCCGGAACGAUUUAUGAUCGCGCAUACGCAGAGACAAUACUAUGAUAUUAACGGUAAUUUACGGUAUUCUGGAACUGGGUAUUGGAUAGCUGACUUGGACAUGAACAGCCCACACAGCGUGGAAGCUGUGGUACCUGAAAUAGGUGCCGCAACGCCAACGGUGAAGGACUGUAAAAAAGAGUUAUAUUGUGGCCUACCAUACUUCAUGCCUGUUACGACAUUUUUAUGGAAAACAAGUUGGAUUCCCGGCCCCGCGCCACUUAUUAGCACCCCAACGAAACUGGAAUUAAUAUCAAAAUCCACGCGACAAAACAUUGUCAGUUUCACGUUUAACGUUACAGGCCCUGAUCACAUUAGUAUAAUUUUAUCUCCAUAUAAAGGUAUUCAUUUAGAGAAAUGGUCUAUUUUAGAAGGGAAACCAUUAGAGGGACCUAAGUGGAACGAUAGAGAAACGUAUUUUAUUUAUUAUUCCUGCGCGUCCGAUUGUGUUCCUUUCACGUUUUCUCUCGAAUUGAAUGCGCAUAACAUGCCAAAGACUCCGUGUUUAACGGUAGCGCUUGGCGGUCACUUUUUACACGGAGAGCACCAAACGUCUUUGAGAUUCAAACGAUUCUUGGCACAAUUUCCGUCAUGGUCAGUCGUCACCCCGUGGACAGCUACGUACACCUCUUGGCAAUUUUAAUACGUCGCGCGUACAUGAAAACCGAAGGGAAAUAAUGCAUUUACGGUGAGAGAGCCUAACGGAGAUGGCACUGUUCUAAGUCGCAUAACGUUAAAAGACAUAUAAUACCUAACAAUGCAAAUUCUAAGCUUAAGAGUUAGAGUAAUCCCGAAUUAUACACGCUAAUACUUUACAAGGUCGCAACUUAGUAAGAGAAACCAACCGAAAUUAGAAGAAGAAAAGAAUAAGUAUUGAAGAAUGAAGCUCGUCUUUCAUUCUAUUUAUAUAUACAUUUUUUACUAGCAUAUUAUUGGAUUAAAUCGAGAGAAAUUUUCACGGUAGUCUUAAGAUACCAAGGGUAACCGCGAUUAUCCCGUAAAUUUUCGAUUCCAUUAACUGCAGUCGUCAUUAAGAUACCAUGGUUUAGCAUAUCAAACGUAUUGCCUUCGAAUUACAGUUCUAUUUCAUUUUUAACGGCUAGAGAAAUUACGAUUACCGCAGACCAACUAGUCCAUACGAACGGCAGAUAGUGGACCGGUGAGAUUUUUCAUAUCACUAGGCCAUCGCUGUACGAAGAUUAUAUCUUUUUAUUGUAAUAUUCGAGGUUGAACGUGAACGUUGUUCAACGAUCGCUUCGUUUGUUCGAAGCGAAAGAAAUUACGUGACCGCACGUACACUUCACGAUUCUACGUGAACAGUUUAAGAGCACAAAUGCAAUAGUUUGCUUUAUUAUGCGUGAUACUAAUUAGAUUUCUUCAGGUUUCAUUUAAAGCUAAAGUUAGUCUAGUGUGGAUUUUAACGUUUCCAACAUUGAACUUUAUACUUGACUGCAUGCAGCCUCCUAUUAUUUGUUUUUUUGUUUCUUUAUUGUGUUUUCACAUUGUCACUGUUUAUGGAGAGUUAUAUCUGUUUAAUUAGGGUUUGGAACGUGGUUGUUUUAAUUUAAUGGACCUGUUCACAUUCUCGUGUUCCUCGUGCAGUCGAAGGAUCUUUCUUUGAUCGUUUUGUUUUGUUCCUAUGUACAUUUGUUAUUUCAAGGAGACUGAUUUAUUUUAAACAGUUGUUAAUUUAUAAUCAUUUUCCCUUUUAUACUAUCGUCUCGAAUAUAUGCAAUGUAGUCGCUAUAAUUUAAGUAUAUCGUUCAAUUCCCAUAAGAUACGGAGAAACAGUAAAUUAGAGUGGAUCAGAUUAAAAUGCAAUUUAUUCCAGGAGUAUUUAUCGAAUUAAACGUUCGAGUUUAACGGUAAGGGAGUUAUGCCAAUACUGGUAGCCAAUCGCGUAGACAAACGUAAGUUCAAAGUAUUAAUAGUAAGGUAACACGAGAAAUUUCAAUACGGUGAUUAGUGUACUUUUACACUAAUAUAAAAGAGAAACCUAUUUAGAUGCAUGUUGCGUUCGGCUUGUUACACGAAACGCUAGGAGAUUUCAAUCUUUUAUAAUCGACGUUUAAUAAACUCGAUUUUGACAUUCGUCAUUAAUUAAAAACAUUUCUAUCUAUAACAAUUGGAAUGUCUCCAGUUUCAUUCCCAUAUAUUUCUCGUUUUCGCGAUCUCUCACAUGGGUGAACGUUUCAGUGAGUACAUGUAUAAUAGCAAUUUGUGUUGUUUCGUACACGUUACCGAUUGUAUCAUAUAUAUACUGCAUAAAUUAUAAUUACGAUUUUACUUAAUAGUAUUGCACAAUGUUGAGAACAAGAAUUUGUCGACGAUGUUUUACUUAUACGCACAGGCAUCUAUGUAUUCGAGUUAUUUUAAGUAUUACUUACAAUCCGAGGUGACUGGUUUUAUUUCAACAGAAUCUAAACAACUAUAAGAAACAGUGGUAAAAAAACAUAUCAUUCCGACGUCUCUAUUAUUUCUGAAUCUUUUUUCGCUUUCAAGUCUAAUGUUUCAAUAUUCAUAUAGUUCUUUUUAAUGUGCACUUUAUAAUCAUGUAUGCAUAUGUGUACGUUACUGUUGUUAUUUGAUGAUCCUUGGUUAAAGAGCAAAAUUAAUGCAAAUGGUUAAUAAAAGCGUUGAGAAUUGAA